AGAAACCUAAGAACUUUAUAACCAUGGUGAUAGGGAAGUUAUAGAAUGAGUAAAGUAGUCAUCGAAGAUUUCCCUCCAAAAACCUCGUCUUCAGACUAUUUGUAAGCUAUUUAUAAAUUUAAUUUGGUAUACGAUGUGCGUGUGUAUAAAUUGUGUUAGAUGAAAUGAAAUACAAGUCUUGUUCAGGUGGAAAUUUUGUGGCGAUGAUGAAAAUGGUAUUUUUUGUUAACAUUUUAUUCUCUUGUGUGAAUAGAAACGUGUCUUGAGUUUUAAGUGAAACGGGGAAAAAAUGGGUUGUGUCCAUGGUGGUCGUAGGAAUAGUAACUCUGAGGAAUACAUUGAAACUUUGACAUUACGUCGCCAAGUCAGCAAGAAAACUGCGGGACAAAAUCUUCAGAUAUCAAUCUCUGUCAUAGCUGACCCACUUUCGAGCGAUGACGAAUCUCCGACCUUGACCUACCAUUUUCAAAGGUCAGGGGUUAAGAAGAGUCACAGUUUUCGUACAGUCUCCUAUGCAGAAGGGAGACGGUACACGAAGUUUCCGAACAUGGUUGGCUAUAAAAUGUGUGUUUCGUGUAACGAGCCCGGACAGGAUGUUUUGAAAACGGUCUCUGUAAUACCGGAAGUAGAAGACAAAGAGAUUUGUCGUAAAUGUUCGGUCCAUAAAAGAAAAGGUCAUAAAAAAAAGAAAGCUGAAAAUGGUGAGAAGCAAAGUAAGACAGUUUCAAAGGUGGACAUAUCUACAUUCGCAGAUCUGUUGGCAUUGACUGCAUUAGAUCUGACAGCCCCAGCAAGUGAUGCAAUACUGAAAAACAGGAAGAACACAUGGAUACAGUUAGCAGGACAUCCAGGGGGUUUUGCGCCAGCCGGGCCAAAUACAAUAUGGAAGAAGCGCUACACGAAAGAUAACAAUGAGACACAGGCGUACGAGGCGUUAAUGGAAGACACUGCUCAUAGCAUCGUACCUUUGUUUUAUAGAGAAGUCGAAUAUAACUCUGAAUAUUUUAUAGAGAUAGAGGAUUUACUGCAACAUUUCACAGACCCAAGUAUCAUGGACGUGAAAAUGGGUAUACGAACAUUCCUUGAAUCAGAAGUAUCGAACACAGCAUUACGGAAAGAUUUGUAUGAUAAAAUGGUGGCACUAGAUCCAGCGGCGCCAACUGACGAAGAGAGGCAGAGUCAGAGUAUUACAAAAUUACGAUAUAUGCAGUUCAGAGAAAAUGAAAGUUCAACAGCGGAAUUUGGGUUUCGAAUAGAGGCAUUGAGGAUGUCCGGUGAAACUCCAUCAACAAAUCUAAAACGGGUAAAAUCUAAAGAGCAAAUCCAUGGCAUACUGUCCAAGUUUGUAAAUAACAGCCGGGUUGUACAACAGGAUCUGGUCCGUCGGUUGAAAGAAGUUAAACAGCAUAUAGAGGACUCGCCAUUCUUCAUGUCCCAUGAGCUUAUUGGUUGUUCAGUUCUAGUUAUGCACGAUAAAUAUGAUAAGUGUGGAGUUUGGGUCAUAGACUUUUCUAAGACAAACCCUAUUCAAGAUGGCUGUGAAAUUUCACAUAGGUUACCUUGGCAAAUAGGUAACCAUGAAGAUGGCUUCCUGUUUGGUUUAGAUAAUUUAAUGCAAUUUUUUUCAGAUAUAGAAAUUAAGGAAGAAUUAACAGAGAAUAUUGAACCUAGUCAUGUGAUUGCAGACAGCUGAUCAUUGAGUUGAUGACUAUUUAUAGUGUCUAGUUGUAUGUUAACUUCACACAGCUUCAAGGGCAGGAGGGGGACAUAAGGGUACCGACAACGUUUGCUCACAGGGUUGUUCUUCAUUGAAAAAAAAUUGUAAUGUCAUAGUUUGUUUUUAUAUACCGGUAUAAUGAAUAAAUAUCAAAAGGGGUGAAACUCCAGUUUUCAGGGUAAUUAAUUUGGAAAAAACAAUUGAAUUAUAGAUUGUCUAUUGAUACUGGUAAGCCAUUGGUCUUUUUCUUACUGAAAGAUCCAGUUGUUUAAGCCUGGUUAUGGAUUUAUAUACAUGUUCCUGUUUUAGUGCAGGAGAUUUUGGCUGGUUUGCUGUGUAAAAUUUUAUAGGGCAAUGACAAAAUAAUCACAAUUGUAGGCCAGUCUGCUAUAUAACUGAACCUGAUUGGUUGAAUCUUGUUCUUUUAUUUGAAACUGACCAAUGGCAGAUGUUGUCUCUUAGACUGAUCUCUAAAUUUGGUCACAAAUGUAUCAUUUUUUCCUAGAAAUUGUAAAAAUGUUAUGAAAUAUUUGAUGUUAUAUCAUUAAAGAAAAGGGAAACCUUUAAAUCUGUAACAUGAUGAAUUCAAAUUUUAAAUACUGAACAUAUAAUACAAUAUGUUGUUUUACAGUUUUAAACAGUUAUAGAUGUUUUUACUUAUUUUUCAAUGUUGAAAAGUAUCUUAAAAUUUUUAAGAGAAAUUUUUGUAUGAAAAUCUUUUUUUUUUCUUUUAAUAUUUUAUGUUUAAAGUUUUAUUUUUGUUUUAUUGUUGGAAUUGAACAUAAAUAGCAAAGAAGCCUUUUCUUUUAAGUAUUGUACAAAGGGUAAAAAAUACAAGUCUUAUAAAGAUUCGCCUUUGUAGAUGAUAUGUAAAAUGUUUGAUGAGAUACAAAAAUUAUGAAUUCAUUGUUAUAUAAUUUGUGUGUUCAGAAGGAAACACUCCAAGACUUUAAUACUUUCAUAUCUUCAGUCUUUACAUUAUUUUUGAAAAAUUCUUUAAAAAUCAUUGACAGGUUUUCAUUUCUUUUAAAAAAAAAUUCUUUCUUUUUUUCAAACUGCAUGCCUCCACAUCUAGAGGGGCAAACAAGUUUUUUUAAAAAAAGGUUUUUUUUCAAUAAUGUAAGAAAUAGCUAACUAUUUCCAAUCCUUUUCCAAUCCUUGUAUGGCUUGCUUCAAAUGAUAUGCCAAAUAUGGUUGAAUUUUUUUAGGGUAUUUUUUUACCCUAUAACUGGAAGAAAAAGGACUAUUUUUGCAUAUGUUGACUUAUUUUAAGCCAUUUAUAUGGAUUGCUGAUGUGUUAUUUUAGUUUUAAUUAAUCUAUUUGUGAACUUUUGAAUAUUCUUGUUCUUUGAAAUUCUUUUAUUAUUUCUUUAAGUAAAAGUUGAAAUGAAUUUGGAGGAGUGUUGGCUGAAAUAUUUCUAAUGCUUCAUAAAAAAAUGUGAAAUAAAUUUUAGAUUUUACCUUAGAUCUUAGAAAAAAAAAUGUUUUAUUGAUUUUAAAUAUAUUUUUCCAAUCGAUGUUAAUAGUGUUAAAACAAUUUUAGAUUUUAUA